AUUUUAGAAAUGGAAAUCAUUCCUGAAGGCAGACACUUCCGUUUGGUGCAAGAAUCUGAGCUUCCCGAAAUAUUGGAUUAUUUAGAACGUUUUUUUCCGGAAUCACUAAAGUUUCAUCAAACAAUACGAACGUACCUGAAUGAUCGAGUUUGGGAAUUUAAAUUUUAUGUUUCAAAAGAUUGGCCCGAAAAACCAAUAUUAUUACACUUUCCAGGAUGCACGCUAACGCCCAACAACAAUAUAUACCAAAGCUUUGGCAUAUUCUGCCCAUCCGAACAAAUCGAACAUGUGGAUCUAAUGCGUACCGAAGACAUACUGAUCGAUUGGCAACAACCAUUGUACCUGAAUUUUACGCACAUUGCUAUUAUGAAUCGCCUGGAUGAUUUUUACAAAGAAAUGGGCAUUAUGGAACGGCUUGAGGGUGAUAUUUAUGUGUGUAAUAAAUUAAAUACGGAUUUGGAAUUCGAUGAAUUACCCGAUAAUGCGUACAUGCGCCAAUUGACCGUGGAUGAUGUUAAACAUAUUCACGACUUAUAUCCGGCCAAUGAGAUUGAGUGUGUCGAUGUAUUUGAGAUAUUGGUUAAAGUACUGCCCGGUUUGGGAAUAUUUAGAAAAGAUACAAAUGAAUUGGCCGCAUGGAUGGUACAUUCGUAUUAUGGUGCAAUGUUUUCAAUGCAAACACGUCCAGAUUAUAGACGAUUAGGUUAUGGCAUACGCUUAGCUAUUGCUUUGACUAAUAAAGUUAUAGAACGCGGCUACAAACCAUUCGUUGUGAUACGUCCACAAAAUGAUGCUUCUCGUAAUCUCUAUACUAAAUUGGGCUUUGAAAAAGCUUACGAAACAUGCCGAGUCAAAAUGACACCACAUCCUAUUAAAACAAACGGUGCCCCUGAACCCUCGGCACCCGAACUAGACGCCAAUGCUGAUUUAGAAGCCAACAAAGAGAAUCAACCCAUUGAUGAGGGCAUUGAGGAUAUGCUUGCUGAAAAGUGUGAUAUUAAAGCUGAUGAUGAUGAUGCAGAUGCUGCCCGGGGUCAAGAUAAAAAGGCCACUACAGCUGAUGAAGGUAUAGGUGAUGAUAAAUAGAUGAUAGUUAGUUGUAGUUUUUUUAAAA